UAGCGCCCCUAUCUUACAUCCGGGUGCCACUUCGGCAACAGACUCGCUGGCUGGCUGGCUGCAGCUCUGCGUUUCCGUGUUGGUUGUGGGAAGAGAGGGGGUUACAGAGAGGGGGUGAGAUUGACUCAAUCUGCUUGGAUUACGCCGUCAAUACCACCUUUCCUAUGGAUGAGGAGUAGUAGCGGAUGAAGAACGCGCACGUCGUCACAGAAGGGAAUUUGUUUUGGUCAGAUUUUGACAUGGAGUAUGCCGUGACAACACCCCCUGACAUGUGAGAUUUACAGAGCAAUAUAGCUUGAUAGAAGACUGUGCGAUUGUGUGGCUGUUGCCAUCUCGCUUAUCCAUUUAUGGUUGCUCAUUUGGUUCAAUACGUAUCGCGAUCCUCGUCUGUGCUGGAGGAAAAAUGAAGAAGUUUAAUAUCAGAAAGGUGCUAGAUGGUUUGACGAACCAGUCAUCCUCCUCCUCCGCAUCACCUCAACCGGGAAACAGGGAAAAUGACACAAUUCAGGAGAGCCUGCAGUCGGAGCAUUUCCAGCUCUGCAAGACUGUGCGGCAUGGCUUCCCCUACCAGCCCUCGGCUAUGGCUUUCGACCCUGUGCAGAAAAUCCUGGCCAUAGGGACGCAGAGUGGAGCUCUAAGGUUGUUCGGGCGAGCAGGUGUGGAGUGCUACUGCCAACACGAGAGCGGCUCCGCAGUCAUCCAGCUACAGUUUCUCAUCAAUGAGGGGGCGCUGGUGAGCGCACUGGCUGACGACAGCAUCCACUUAUGGAACCUGAGACAGAAGCUCCCCGCCGUGCUGCACUCACUCAAGUUCAACAGGGAAAGGAUUACGUUCCUCCAUCUGCCCUUCCAGAGUAAAUGGCUGUACGUGGGCACGGAACGAGGGAACAUCCACAUUGUCAACGUGGAGUCCUUCACUCUCUCAGGCUACGUCAUCAUGUGGAAUAAAGCCAUCGAACUGUCCACAAAGUCUCAUCCUGGGCCUGUGGUGCACAUCAGCGACAACCCCAUGGACGAGGGGAAGCUGCUGAUUGGCUUUGAGUGUGGCAUCGUGGUGCUGUGGGACCUGAGGACCAAGAAAGCAGAUUACCGCUACAGCUACGACGAGGCCAUCCACUCGGUGGCUUGGCACCACGAGGGCAAGCAGUUCGUCUGCAGCCACUCGGACGGCACGCUGACCAUCUGGAACAUCCGCGCGCCUGCCAAACCUACGCAGACCAUCACACCUCAUGGUAAGCAGCCUAAGGAUGGCAAGAAGCCAGAGCCAUGCAAGCCCAUUCUCAAGGUGGAGUACAAGACCACUAGAGCAGGGGACCCCUUCAUGGUGCUGUCCGGGGGCCUGUCCUACGACACGCAGGGAAGACGGGCCUGUUUGACUGUGAUGCACGGGAAGAGCACAGCCGUGCUGGAGAUGGACUACCCCAUAGUGGACUUCCUCACACUGUGUGAAACGCCCUACCCCAAUGACUUCCAGGAGCCCUAUGCGGUGGUCAUCCUGCUGGAGAAGGACCUGGUGGUGAUAGACCUGGCACAGAUAGGGUAUCCCAUCUUUGAGAACCCGUACCCGCUGACCCUACACGAGUCCCCUGUGACGUGCUGCGAGUAUUUUGCUGACUGCCCGGCAGAGCUGAUCCCGGCUUUCUACUCCGUAGGCUCCCGACAGAAGAGGCAGGGCUACAGUAAAAAGGAAUGGCCCAUAAGCGGUGGAAACUGGGGCCAGGGGACCCAAAGCUACCCAGAGAUCAUCAUCACAGGACAUGCUGACGGCUCCAUCAAGUUUUGGGAUGCUUCAGCAAUCAUGCUGCAGGUGCUGUACAAGCUGAAGACGGCCAAGGUGUUUGAGAAGGCGCGCAGCAAGGAGGAGAAGCCCAGCACGGACAUCGUGGACGAGGACCCCUUCGCCAUCCAGACGCUCUCCUGGUGCCCCGAGAGCCGCAUUCUGUGCGUGGCCGGAGUCUCCGCACACCUCAUCAUAUACCGCUUCAGCAAACAGGAAGUCACGACCGAAGUAGUGCAGCUUCUGGAGGUGCGAAUGCCGUGCGAGCUGAACGACGUGGACUCUCCAGAGGCGGCCGGGGAGGCGGGUACGCCGUCCGUGUCCACGCCAGGAGCCUCCGCCUCCAGCCCCCAGACGGCCCUGCCCCCCGCCCAGACGCACCCCUCCACCAGCAGCAACUCCUCCGACGGACCCCGAGACAACGUGCCCUGCCUCAAGGUGCGCUGUUCCCCCCUGAAGCAGUCUCCAGGCUACCAGGUGGACCUGGUGGUACAGCUGCUGUGGGUCAGUGGGGAGCCUCCACAGCAGAUCACCAGCCUCGCACUCAACUCAGCAUACGGCCUGUAA